UAUUGUCAAUUUACCCAUUUUCAGUCAUUAUUAUUUUGUUCAUGCCACAAUCUAAUCUAGUAUUUUUUCCAGAACUUGUUGUGGUAGACUCAGUGUAAUUUUCUCCUUGAAAUGAUGGUUUAGGAGUGCCCUUCUCUGAGCCCAUAAAAAAGUGAGCAUGACCACCUCAUUACUUCAGCAAUAAAAAGAAAAAAUACAGCCUCCAGUGCAGUGUAAGCAAUGCCAGUGUGCAGAGUCCAACGGCUCGACUGGCUCAUUCUGUGGGAGAUGAUUGUCAAAGUCUUCUGUUCCAAGCUCAGACCAGCGACUGGCAUUCAGAGAUCAUGCCCUCGGGGAAGACGAUCAAGCUCAUCCUGUACGAGGUGCUGCAGUUUGCAGCUCUCGUCAUACCCAUCUUUGUGAUUAUGGAGAGGUUUGCCAGACUCAUACGUGACGUGAAAGGACGAGAUCUAACAGCUUACUGGUUAGUUGUGGCAGUCUCUAUGGCCUACGUGACCUCUGCGACCCUGCUGGUGUGGGUUCCUCUGAAAUAUCUGAUCCUGAAACGUAAGAGGUUCAUCUCAGAGAUCACACAGUGGAGACCAACACUGUUGGCAUAUAUCAUCCUCUGCACACUACCCUGCUUUGCUAUUUUAAUAGCCAGCUCCAAGGUGCAGGUGGACAGAGGACUCCUGCUCGACCAUUUCGCAGAGUUGCCUGUUUCCUUGGUGCUUUUCUCCCUCAUCUGUGUGGACAUCAUAGAGAGGAUUCGCCCCUGCAAGCUCAUUGGAAAAUCAGACAGCCUGGAUCCUGACCUGACCUAUUCAGGCCCCGUCCUCACCCACCUGGAACAUGUGACCACGUAGAAUGGCAGCGCUCAGGCAGAUGGCAGGACUUCAGCGGCUCACCCGGCCAUUCAAACCCAGCUUACGAGCCCCCCCGCUGCCUACGUGUACUCCUCACGUCCACGAUCCUACUCUGGUCCUGUGGGCUUCCUGUGGAAGAGGGAUGGAAGGGCAGAAGUGUUUCUGAAUAGCUUUAUGUUCUGGCACACUGUGGAUAUGGUGAGAGUGGCAGGGCAUCCAGAUGUAUUCUACUCAGUCUGGGUGUCCCCUCUAAUCUUUGCCUUCAGUCUACUCUCCGCGUGGUUCACUCCUAACAACCCGUUAUUGUCUUUUGCUGGAGUCGCUCUGCAGGACUUUCCUUAUGCUGUAGGUGCAGCAGACAGCCUGGAUCCUGACCUUGACAUAUCAGGCCCCGUCCUCACCCACCUGGAACAUGUGACCACAGUAGCCAGCCAGUUGCACACUGAUGAAGGCCAAAAUGGUUUGACCCAAGUCCAGCCAGAGGCCAGGAAUGGCAGCGCCUCAGGCAGAUGGCAGGACUUCAGCGGCUCACCCGGCCAUUCAACACCCAGCUUACGAGCACCCACCGCUGCCUACGUGUACUCCUCACGUCCACGAUCCUACUCUGGUCCUGUGGGCUUCCUGUGGAAGAGGGAUGGAAGGGCAGAAGUGUUUCUGAAUAGCUUUAUGUUCUGGCUUGACACUGUGGAUAUGGUGAGAGUGGCAGGGCAUCCAGAUGUCUUCUACUCAGUCUGGGUGUUUCCCAUCUACAUCUUUGCCUUCAUGUCUACUCUCCGCGUGGUCAUCACUCCUAACAACCCGUUAUUGUCUUUUGCUGGAGUCGCUCUGCAGGACUUUCCUUUCUUCAUCAUUCGAGUUGCUCUGAUUGCUGUGUUUGGUUAUGUAACUCCUGUGUUGUACCCGUUAAAAAAUGUGCUGGUGAGCCUGACUUUUAUCUACUUUACAUUCCUGACCAAGCUGAGGAUUUUCAAAAGGCAGAGCAUGUUUUGAGGAGGAGUGGCACAUUCUGUUGUUAAUGAAAGAUCCGCUUUGAUUGUGGAUGGUUGAACAGUUGGUGUAUUUAUGUGUGGGGGAGCAGCAGUACUGAUCAUGAAGAACAACACGUUUUGAAUUGCAAUGGCUGCACAUGUAUUGUACGACCAUUCAUCCAAACCAAAGUGUGAAAAAUGAUUCUGGUAGUUUGGAGCAAACAGUCAGCAAACUGUUCUCAUUUUUCUGUGACGUAUUUGAAUCCAAAUGUAUUUAUUGACACUGACGAUGAAGUUAUGUUUACCUGCUACAUUUUUCUUUUUUUAUCUAAACUCCAAACGGUGAUGAA